UUUUUUUUUUUUUACUUUUAAAAGCAUUUUUUCUACAACCUCUUCAGCUGAAAAAAUGCUUUUUAAAGUUAAAAAAAAAGCCUCUGAUGAUUGUGUGACUCAGCUAGGAUCUCAGAGGCUUUUAAAAGCGGAAGAGAUUGUACGGGGGGAAAAAUGCCUUUAAAAGCCUCUGGCGAUCCCAGCUGACUUGUCUGAUCGUCAGAAGCUUCUAAAAGCAUUUUUUCCUGCAACUUCUUAAGGUUGCAGAAAAAAUGCUUUUAAAAGUUUUUUUUAAAAAAAGUUGGCCACGCCCACCCAGUCACAUUACCCCCCACACAAGCCAUGCCCACAAAAUAAGCCACGCCCACAGAACCGGUAGUAAAAAAAAAUUAGAACCCACCCCUGAGGUCCGAAAGGUUGGUGACCCCUGAUCUAAACUAUCAAGAGACAGGAAGAGAGUCUCAAUAAAGGAGAAGAGAGGGUUUGUGAACAGAAAAGGAAGAGCAAAUUUCAGAAUGGACAGCUUAAUAGCCAGCAUUGUUAAAAUCUCUUUUAAUAUCCUUUUUCUAGCUGUGAAGGCAUUGUGGUUCCCCAAACAGCCACGUUUGAUGGAGCCAGGAGAGACUCCAGGGACCCCAAUGGCGCAAAGUCCCAUCCUCCAGAACAUAGAUGCAGAGUGCCAAGUAAUUCAAAGGCCAAAGGCUCAGGAAGACGAGAAGAAGACAAUUUCCAGUUCGGAUAACUCUGAACCAUUAGGCGUACGUGAGAAAUUGUUAAGCAAAUCCCAUUUCCACACUCUGAAGGAGGAAGAGAACUUGGAAAACAAGCCAAACAAUGAAGACUGGGCAAAUAAAACUAUAACUCAGCCCCUUCAUCAUGGACCAGGCAAUAUAAGCAAUGCAGAUAAAAGCAAGAAACAACUUGUGUGCAGCCGAUGCAGAAAAAGUUUCAGCAGUACCUCCAAACUUAUUGCUCACGAGAGAAUCCACACCGGAGCAAAACCUUAUAAGUGCGGUCGUUGCGGGAAAAGCUUUGGCAAGAAAUCGACUCUCGUUGCUCAUCGGAGAAUCCAUCUGGAGGAGAGACCGUACAGAUGCAGCGUGUGUGGGAAGAGCUUUCGGCAGAUCUCCAGCCGCGUUGCCCACGAGCGAAUCCAUACCAAAGAAAAACCCUAUGCUUGCCCGGAGUGCGGGAGGAACUUCAGGCUGAAAUCGAGCUUGGUUGCCCACCGAAGAAUCCACACGGGAGAAAAACCUUACGCGUGCUCUGAAUGCGGGAGACAUUUCAGCCAGAAAUCGGCAUUGGUUGCGCACGGGCAAGCCCACAAAGGUGAGAAACCCUACUCUUGCUCGGCCUGCAGGAAAAGUUUUAGCCAGAGCUCCAACCUCAUUGCUCACGAGAGAAUCCACACUGGGGAAAAACCCUAUCGCUGUCCUCACUGUGGGAGAGGUUUCGCCUGCAGCUCCAGCCUCGUUCGGCAUCAGAGGAUCCACACGGAAGACAAACCGUAUGGAUGUGCGGCCUGCGGGAAAACCUUCAGCUGCAAUUCGAGCCUCAGCAGACACCGGCGGACCCACACGGGGGAGAAACCCCACGAAUGCCCCGAUUGUGGCAAAACCUUCAGUGUGAGCUCCCAACUCGGCGUGCAUCGGAGGACCCACACGGAAGAGAAGCCCUAUGAAUGCUCGGAAUGUGGGGAAAGCUUCAGUGUGAUGUCGAGCCUUAACGCCCACCAGAGAACGCACGCGGGUAUGAAGCCUUACAAAUGUUCUGACUGUCCCAAAAGCGUUUAUCUAAGGUCGAGUCUCACAGCUCACAAGAAAAGGCACAGAGAAAAGGCAUUCGAUUGCAUAGAGUGUGGCAAAACCUUCAGCUGCAGCUCCGGGCUCAUCCGCCACCAGAGAAUUCACACGGGGGAAAAACCUUUCCGUUGCGGAGACUGCGGGAAAAGCUUCGUCUUGAGCGCCAACCUUAUCGCACACCAGCGAAUUCACACGGGAGAAAAGCCGUACGAGUGCUUGGAAUGCGGCAAAUUGUUCAGUGUGAGUUCGCAGCUCAGCAUCCAUCAGAGAACCCACACGGGAGAAAAACCGUAUGCGUGCUCUCAUUGCAGCAAGAGCUUCACGUGCAACUCUGCUCUUAUUAGACAUCUGAGGAUCCACACCGGAGAAAAACCGUAUCAGUGCUCGGAGUGUGGGAAAAGAUUCAAUCUAAAUUCGAAUCUGAGGUUACACAUAAGGAAACACACGGGAGAGAAACCCUACCAGUGUGCCGAGUGUGGGAAAUGUUUCCUCCGUAACACCAAGCUGACUAUCCAUCGAAGGACUCACACGGGAGAGAGGCCUUACAAAUGCCUGGAGUGCGGGAAGUGUUUUACCGAGAGCGCUCAGUUAAGCAGGCAUCACAUAAUUCACACCGGGGAGAGGCCCUACAAAUGUCCGGAUUGCGAAAAGUGCUUCAACCGGAAGGAAAACCUGGCCCUCCAUCAACGCACUCACACGGGGGAGAGACCCUAUCAAUGCUCAGAAUGCGGGAAAAGCUUCAUAUGGAAUUCCCAGCUAAGUAGGCAUCUAAUGUUGCAUACCGGAGAGAGGCCGUAUAUCUGCCAGGACUGCGGGAAAUCCUUUGUCUGCAGUUCCGAGCUCCUGAUUCACGAAAGGAAUCACACAGGAGAGAAGCCCUAUAAAUGUCUGGAAUGUGGGAAGUGCUUUGUUUGUAACAGGCAACUCAGCAUCCAUCAGAGAACCCACACCGGAGAGAGACCCUAUAAAUGUCCGGAGUGCGAAAAAUGCUUCAAUCGGAAAGAAAACCUGGCUAUCCAUCAACGCACUCAUACGGGGGAAAAACCCUACAGGUGCUCAGAUUGUGGGAAGUGCUUCAGUUGGAAUUCACAACUGUGUAGACACCAACGAGCUCACACCGGCGAGAGGCCCUUUGCGUGCUUGGAGUGUGGGAAACGCUUCGUUUGCAGUUCGGACCUGAUCAGGCACGGAAGAAACCACACGGGAGAGAAACCUUACAAGUGCUCCGAGUGUGGAAAGGGUUAUAUUUGUAAUACCCAGCUGAGCAUACACCGGAGAACUCACACGGGAGAGAAACCCUAUAAAUGCCUGGAGUGUGGAAAAAGUUUCAGCGAGAACAGCUCCCUCACUUCCCAUUACCGGAUCCACACUGGAGAGAAACCCUAUAAAUGCCCCGAGUGUGAAAAAUGCUUUGCUCGUGGUUCUGACCUUAUUAAACACGAAAAAAUUCACGCGGGGAAAAGAACCUACCGAUCCACGGACCAUGGAAGGAACUUUAACCAGAAGGCAAAUGUUACUUCUCAUGUAAGAAUUCAGACCGGAGAGAAGCCGGACAGAGGAUAGGAUGACGAAAAGAUUCUCUUCUCAGCUAGCAAUUUUUAAUCAGUGGAACUAUUUGCCUCCAGAAGUUGUGGGUGCUCCAGCACCGGAAGUUUUAAGAAGAAAUUGGACAACCAUUUGUCUGAAAUGGUAUAAGGCAGGGGUGUCAAUAAGCUUGUGGGGUCAAUAAGCUGACUUUGUAUUAAAAGAACACCGUUUGGGGGGGGGCGCGAAAGCCCUACUAAGCAGGUAUAUACAAAAAGUAUGAAGGCUAUUGCUUAACACAUUGUAAGCCGCCUUGAGUCUCCGGAAAAGGGCAGCAUAUAAAUCGAACCAAUAAAUAAAUAAAUAAAUAAACUCAAGGCCCGCGGGCUGGAUUCAGCACAAGAUGUGGUCGGAUCUGACCCACGGGGCCGUCCUGGAAAAUGUAAGGGGCCAGCCUGCAUCGCUUCAGACCGGGCCGAAGUCACUUCAAUGUGGCUUCGGCCCGGUCUACCCAGUGCAAAGAGGAUAUAUCAGGCCAGUGUGGCUUCGGCCCGGUCUACCCAGUGCAAAGAGCAAACAUGCCAGCAGUUUGGGGAGUGGUGUCAAGCUGGCCAUACCCACCCAGUUGGCCAUGCUCAGUGAGUGACAUCAAGCUGACCACGCCCACUCAGUUAGCCACACCCACCCAGUCAGCCAUGCCCGCCCGGCCCCCUGAGGUCAACCACAGCCCUGAUGUGGCCCUCAAUGAAAUUGAGUUUGACACCCCUGGUAUAAGGUUUCCUGCUUGAGCUGGGAGUUGGACUAGAAGACCUCAAAGAUCCUUUCCAACUCUGUUAUUUUGUUAAUCUGUUAUUCUUCUGUUGUUGUUGUUCUGUAUUUCUCUUAUUCUGUAGUUAUUCUGUCUUUCUAUCAUUCUGAAAUAUGCAAACAAAAGCAUUUUUGAGUUUCUGUCGCAAGACGAAGAGAUGAGAUCACAUACUGGCAUUCAGAAAAGGUUUCUGUCUUAGGGUGUUGUUUUAAAGUUUAUUAGACUUCAUGAAGAAAUCUCCCCACCCAAUUGUAGAAGGGAAAAACAAGAAAUUUCCCAUUUCCUUUCCUUAAUAUCUAUGGAGAUUCUCAGUCAUCUCAGGUCAUGGUUGUCCCAAAGGUGCUUUUUUUUUUCAAGAAGCAACUGGACUUCUUUUGUUUUUCUUUGAAGAUAUUUCACUUCUCAUCGAAGAAGCUUCUUCAGAAGCGAAACGUCUCCAAGGAAAAACAAAGGAAGUCCAGUUGCCUCUUUAAAAAAAUCACCUUUGGAACUCCCGCCUGCCCUUAACACUGAUAUUAAUGCUAAUAUGCUCCGCUAAAUGUAGAAUGCAUUGGUGUGUCCCGUUUAAUUCGUGGUUUGUAUUAACAAGAAUGAGUUGGUGAACAUCUCUUUCCUUGACCCAUUUUUCAAUAAAAUACAAUGUCAUCCAUACUAAAGUCAUGCUUUAAAAAAGAAAAAAACAUUGAAAAGUGUGUCAAAAACGAAACCCUAUGCAGGUUUCUGAGUCCCUCAGGAGGGAAAAUCAAGAGGUAUAAAGAGGCUGAGGGGUUGAGAGAUAAGGCCUAUUUUUUAAUUAAGUUGCUGUCAUAAGUACAAGCCAGGUUGAUACGAUGCUUAAAGCACCAAGCUCAACAUCAGGAGAAUGUGAGUUUUAGUCCUGCCAAUCCCCUCUAAUCAGAAGGCAAGAACAAAAUUUGUUUGUUUUUUUAAAAAAUAAUACAGAUAGUCCUCGAAUGACGAUCACAACUGAGCCCCAAGAUUUAUGUUGCUAAAUGAGACUUUGGUUAAGUGAGUUUUGCCCCUCGAUCUUUCUUGCCAAUAUUGUUAAGUGAAUCCAGCGAUACCAUAAAUGGCAUUAAAAAUAUGAGAAAUGUAACUUUAUCAAAGGAAAUCUUUGACAUUUCUCGGCAGCUUUUAUAUGAAGAAAUAACCAGGGGUGAAAUUCAGCAGGUUCUGACAGGUUCUGGAGAACCGGUAGCGGAAAUUUUGAGUGGUUCAG